AUGGCUACCACCAACAACGCUCAAGAAGACGAGCCAUUGAGAUCUAUUGCGUUAGAAAGGCAAGUCCAGACUCUCAUGACAGCAGUAGAACGACUCACAAAGCAGAACCAUGAUUUGGAGGAGCAGCUAUGCCAAAGGGAUGCAGGACCUAACCUUCAGGAGCAAAACCAAGAAGGAAACAGUGCCGAGCGAAGGGAGCAGGAGAAACCAGAGAGCAGCAACGCCCCAAGCCGACCGGAGCGGCAAAACAAUGACCCAAAAACCAUGACGGACGUUCUCUACAGGGCUACCAAGUACAUGAAUGCAGAAGAUGCGCUGCUGGCCCGCGAGGAAAAGCCUAAGAAGAGGGAAAGGCAAGAGGACACGAGACAAGAUAGGGGGCGAAAGGUCACUAGAAUCGGGGAUCAACGUGAUGAAAAGCGCUCCAGACCCCCCACUGGAAGAUUCACCAAUUUCACCCCGUUAACCGCCCUGAUCGACCAAGUAUUGAUGCAAAUCAAAGAUGAAGGAGCAUUGACUUUCCCUGGAAAGUUGAAGGGAGACCCCAACAAAAGACUGAGAGACAAGCAGGGGAAGCUACAGAGGUUUGUCAGCAGGGAAAGAACUGAUACACUGGAGGAACAGGCCCCACGACGGGAGAACGAGCGCCCUAGACCACCCAUAGGAGACAUACGAAUGAUCGUAGGGGGCACAGCUGCAAUCGGAUCUUCCAAGAAAGCCCGCAAAACCUACCUUAGGACGGUCCAUAGCGUCCAACUCAUAGGAUCCAUACCAAAGAUGCCGCGAAUAGAUAACCCCGUCAAAAACUUUUCAGAGGAUGACGCUCGGAGACUUCACCAUCCUCAUGACGACACACUAGUAGUCAGCCUGCAGAUUGGGGAUUAUAAUAUGCAUUGGGUCCUUGUUGACAACGGCAGCUCAGCAGACAUCCUGUAUUAUCUAGCACUCCAACAGAUGAGGAUUGACAAGGAACGAUUUUCCCCAACAAACGCCCCACUCGUAGGAUUUGGGGGUACAAAGGUGUUCCCUUUGGGCGCAAUAACGCUAGCUGUGACGGCGGGUGACUAUCCUCAGCAGAUCACUAAGGAGAUAACGUUUCUCGUAGUCGACUGCUCGUCCGCCUACAAUGCCAUCCUCGGGCGACCCACUCUCAAUUCCUAG